CCUUUACCAAGGUGUACUUGUUCAGCAGUUCUGUGUUGGGUGUUGGAAAUACAGCUGAAAGACAGCUUUAGUUCAGUGUUCUUGGAGUCCAGUAAAGGGGAUCUGUCACCAGAGUGGAGGAGGCACAGAAAUAAGAAUGUCUAAGCCUCUGGAGGCCGAGAAGCAAGGUCUGGACUCCCCAUCAGAGCACACAGAUACGGAAAGAAAUGGACCAGACACUAACCACCAGAACCCCCAGAGUAAGACCUCCCCGUUCUCCGUGUCCCCAACUGGCCCCAGCACCAAGGUGGGCAUUCUCUCUGGCCUCCACUUAACAUUCUGGGGUCCCGGACCCUGCCUCUCUCCUCCCCAGAUCAAGGCUGAAGACCCCAGUGGCGACUCAGCCCCAGCAGCACCCCCGCCCCCCCAGCCGGCUCAACCACAUCUGCCCCAGGCCCAGCUCAUGCUGACGGGCAGCCAGCUUGCCGGGCUCACGGCACUGAUGCCCGCCCAGCAGCAGCUCCUCCUGCAGCAAGCACAGGCCCAGCUCCUGGCCGCCGCCGUGCAACAGUCCAAUGCCGCCGCCGCCGCUGCCGCCUCCUCCACCUCCUCCUCCUCUUCCUCCUCCUCCUCCUCUGCCUCCUCCUCAACCUCGCAGCCCCCAGCCUCCUCUGGGGGAGGCGACCUGCCACAGCCUGCCAGCCAGUCCCCGGGAACCCCACAGCUCACCCUGUCCCAGCCCAUCCAGCUCACAGCACAGGACAUACAGCAGCUCCUCCAGCUCCAGCAGCUGGUGCUUGUGCCGGGUCACCACCUCCAACCACCUGCUCAGUUCCUGCUGCCACAAGCCCAGCAGAGUCAGCCAGGCCUGCUACCGACGCCAAAUCUAUUCCAGCUACCUCAGCAAACCCAGGGAGCGCUUCUGACCUCCCAGCCCCGGGCCGGGCUGCCCACGCAGGCCGUGACCCGCCCCAUGCUGCCCGACCCGCACCUCUUGCACCCGCAGCCCCCCAAAUGCCUGGAGCCACCAUCCCAUCCCGAGGAGCCCAGUGACCUGGAGGAGCUGGAGCAGUUCGCCCGCACCUUCAAGCAACGCCGCAUCAAGCUGGGUUUCACGCAGGGUGAUGUGGGCCUGGCCAUGGGCAAGCUCUAUGGCAACGACUUCAGCCAGACGACUAUCUCCCGCUUUGAGGCCCUCAACCUGAGCUUCAAGAACAUGUGCAAACUCAAGCCCCUCCUGGAGAAGUGGCUCAACGAUGCAGAGACUAUGUCUGUGGACUCCAGCCUGCCCAGCCCCAACCAGCUGAGCAGCCCUAGCCUGGGGUUCGAUGGGCUCCCUGGCCGGAGACGCAAGAAGAGGACCAGCAUCGAGACAAAUGUCCGCUUCGCCUUAGAGAAGAGUUUUCUAGCGAACCAGAAGCCUACCUCAGAGGAGAUCCUGAUGAUCGCAGAGCAGCUGCACAUGGAGAAGGAAGUGAUCCGCGUCUGGUUCUGCAACCGGCGCCAGAAGGAGAAACGCAUCAACCCCUGCAGCGCGGCCCCCAUGCUUCCCAGCCCGGGGAAGCCAGCCAGCUACAGCCCCCAUCUGGUCACACCCCAAGGGGGUGCUGGGACCCUGCCGAUGUCCCAAGCUUCCAGCAGCCUGAGCACAACAGUUACUACCUUAUCCUCAGCUGUGGGGACGCUCCACCCUAGCCGGACAGCCGGAGGGGGUGGGGGCGGGGGCGGGGCCGCGCCCCCCCUCAACUCCAUCCCUUCUGUCACUCCCCCACCCCCGGCCACCACCAACAGCACAAACCCCAGCCCUCAAGGCAGCCACUCGGCUAUCGGCUUGUCGAGCCUGAACCCCAGCGCGGGAAGCACAAUGGUGGGGUUGAGCUCCGGGCUGAGUCCAGCCCUCAUGAGCAACAACCCUUUGGCCACUAUCCAAGCCCUGGCCUCUGGUGGAACCCUGCCCCUUACCAGCCUUGACGGCAGCGGGAACCUGGUGCUGGGGGCAGCCGGCGCCGCCCCAGGGAGCCCCGGCCUGGUGACCUCUCCUCUCUUCUUGAACCACGCUGGGCUGCCCCUGCUCAGCGCCCCGCCUGGCGUGGGCCUGGUCUCGGCAGCUGCUGCAGCUGUGGCGGCCUCCAUCUCCAGCAAGUCUCCUGGCCUGUCCUCAUCCUCCUCGUCCUCAUCCUCAUCCUCCUCCUCCACUUGCAGUGAGGCCGCAGCACAGACCCCUGGAGGCCCAGGGGGCCCGGAGUCAGGGUCCAAGCCCGAGUGAAGGCCCGCCAUGCCUCCCCUCCUACACCUCUGGCUUCCACCUUGGUCCCUCGCCCAGGAGAGGGUGAGGAGGCCAGCGGUGGGGGCGCAGAGGGUCCUCGGAGCAGAAGUGACAAGGGAGGAAAGACCAAAAAAAUCGAACAACCAAAAAAAGAAAGAAAGAAAGAAAGAAACCAACAACAAAGAAAACCAAAAAUAAUCACAACAGAAACCAGCUGCCCCAAAGGAACCAGAGGUGAAAAACAAACAAAAACCAAAAACAGACCAAAAAUUCCCCCAUAGAACCAAACAAACCAAAAACCAGUUGCAAGCCAGACCUCAGUGUGCUCACCCUCACCGCUAUGACACCAAAUAAGAACCCCCAGCCAGGGGCCGAGAAGCCUUGUGAGGCGGACCUCACGCGGAGACCCUGGCUGUGGGGUCCACCCACAACCUUGCCUCCCCAGCGGGGGCCAAAGAAGGAAAAAGAGACCGUGCCAGCCUCCUAGCCUCAGACCCCAGCCCUGGGCUAGAGAAGACAGGGCACGGCCUGGGGCGGAAGGGUGGGCUCAGAACCACCCGCCAAAUGUUCCUUUCCAAGAAGGUGAAAGAGAAAGCCUGAACAACCUUACACCAAAUAUUCAGUAGCUUCAUCCAAAGGAUGUACAGAAUUUUUAGCGUUUCGCUCAACAGAAUGUGUCCCUACCAUGUGUCCCUCUCUCCCCCUGGACCCCCAGCUCUCCUCACCCAGGCAGGGGGUCUCACUUUAACCUCCUCCCUACCCCAGCCAGGGGAGUGCAGGGGGAGGCCUGGGAUGACUUUUCAUCCCUGUACCUCCCCCCUUUUCCUUGGAAGGUUGGGCUAGGCCAUUUUGCCAAGUUCUAGCUCUCACUCAUCCCCCCCACCCUCACCAGGUCAGCCUCCCCUGCUCUGGGAUCUUCCCCCUCCCCAGCCCAUGGGAAGGUGGAAGUUCCAGGCAAGAGGGGAGGAGGUGAGGGCAUUCAAGUUGUCUUUUUUUCCAUCCUUGUCUGUCAGUUUCCCUGAAAAAAAAAAUCAUAUUCCAGUGCCUAUCCGUGGAAUCCUUCACGUUCUUUGACAUUGACCAGAAACCAAAAAGAGAACUCAUUCACUCCCCGCCCCCACCCCAUGCCCUUCUGACACUGGCAGAUGCCUCUUCCUCUCCCCCCACACACAUGCAGACACGCACGCACCCCAGUGGUGGGGUUCCUCGAGAUGGCAUCCCCAUCAGGGUCCAUGUGGCGGGGACAGUGCCGUGACCUGUGGUGCCCAUCCAAGAGGGCACUGUAGUGGCAGUGCUCCCAUGAGACUUCCCUCGGGUCUUGCCUGGAUCCUGUGUUUGCUCAGCCCUAGACACAUCUCGACAAUGACAGACAGAGGGGAGACACCGCUGGGAGCCACUUUGCCCUCCUGCUAUUGUGGAGGCCGACAAAGUUUUGAACCAAAAACAAAAACAGAAAACCAAACAAACAAUAAAUUAAAACUAAAAAAAAAGAAUAUAUAUAUAUAUAUAUUUAAGGGAAAGAAGAUGAGGACUCUUAAAGUAUAAGAAGGAGCCGCGAGGCGGAGCCAAGCCCUGCCCCAAUGGUCCAGGCCCUUGGUCCCUAAGGCGCGGAUAGAAGGACGGAUGCUUCUUUCUCUUCACAAAUACCUCAUGGACGUCGUCUUCGGGAAAGCCGGAGGGGGGGCGGCUGGGGCAGGGCCUGUCCCUCAGCCAGGGCAGAUGGAAGUGGGUGGGCAGGGCUGAGAGAGGGUGUCAGGGACUGGGGUAAAGAGCCCCAUACUCCCUGCCCCACCCCAAUCAACCGAAAAAGCUUUAAAAAAGGAAAAAAGGAAUAAGAAGACAAAAAGAAUGGACGAAGGAAAACUAACAAACUUUUGGGUGGUUUGAUUCCUCCUUUGAUUUCUUUUUCUAUUCUCUUCCAUCUGUCCUCUCUCCUCUGUGUCCUUUCUCUCUGCUCGCCUCUGUCUCUGUCUCCCUCUUCCUUCCUUCUUCUCUUACCUCUCUCAAUCUUCUUCUUUCUAUGUCUCUCCUCAAACCAAAGUGUUGCUGUGAAGGACACGAGCCAUGGAAAUCAGAGUGGCCCCGCCCCUCACUGGGCAGAGUGUAGCAGAGGGAGGGGAGCGCCCUGGGAGACAGUGCUGCUGGACACUCCGAGGAGAGGCAGAUAGAGCCUCGGGUGCCACCCUAAGGCCCCAAGGCCUCAGUGUUCUUUUUCUCUCGUCUCCCUUCUCCCACCCGGGAAAUGAAACUGUUGGGCUGGGCCACGGAGGCAGCAGAGACUCGGCUGUUGCGGGGGUCUGGGGUGCCUUGUCUGGGCAGCAAUGGGGUGGCCACCCCUAUGACCCUGGCACCCAUGACGGGGCCUGGCCUGCCAUUGGCCUGUCCUCACCGGAAUGUAAGCAUCUCCGACUCCCUGCCCUCACCCUACCUCUGAAUUUGUCCAUUAUUAUUUCCUGAAGAGAAGAGACUGUUGAGAGGGCCUGGGCCCCAGCCCAAGGGUGGAGAGGGGGGCCAAGGGCUCCUGAACAGACAGUAAGGACAUUUGAGCAAAGUUGAAGGAAUUACAACCAAAAACCCCUCCGAGAAGACAGGCAGCAUGGAAGGCAUGGUGGAGAUGACUCAAACAAAAACUAUGAUUCUAGACCAAAAAAAAAAAAAUGCAAACAAAAAAAAAACACAAAAAAAAGAAAAGAAAAAAAAAAGAAAAAAUGGAAAAAAAAUGAAAAAAAAUCCAGGACUCACCACCACCCACUUCAUCCUGCUUCCUCCCCAUCAAGUCCUGCCACCUGGGACCUCUCCCCAACCCGUGUGGGGGGAGUAGUGGGGCAGACAGCAGAGGAGGAAGUAGGGACAGGGAUGGGCUGAUGCCCUGACACUGGUGGAGGGACCCCCAUGCAGACAGGGUGGUGGGGACCCUCCCCGUACAACCCCCAUAACUGGGAAAAUAAAAACAAGAAUAAAAGGAAAUUCCUGGGUGGGGGAAAAAUAA